AUCUCAAUGGUACCUUCGGCUGGGAUUGUUAUUCUAUUAUAUUUGCCAUGCUUAACUUAAACGUUAGACGCAAUAUUGUGUCGUUAUGAAUUCAAAAAGUAAAGAAAACGGGUCUUCCUCAUCGGACUCAAGUGAUGAUGAAGAAGAGGCUCGAAAAAUUCAAGAGGCUCUAUGCGAUGAAAGCAUAUUUAGCCCCAAAAGUGUUUCACCCCAGACAACAGUAGUAGGCCGAAUCCCUGGUUUGUGCCCUAUUCUAAAUUCUAUUAUUAUUAGUUUCUACUUACAGUCAGUGAGUCAGUUAAGUAAGUUUGACUCAAAUUGUAUUACUGCUUCUACUACUAGUAUUAACAUUAUUAGCGUACGCAUUUAAACUAUUAUUUAUUAGACUUUUACUAUAAGCUCAGUAAUAUCUUGGUAAGUAGUUGGGCCUAAAACUAAAAUUGUAAACUAACUAAACUUUAUUAUUACUUUAUAAUUUAUAUUUAUACCUUUGACUUAUUUAUAAGUUAUUUAUGUUUAAAAUAAUAUAAAUAAGUAUGGGCCUGUUUUUUAAAUUAUUUACCUAUUCAAAAUAAAAUAAAUAUUAACUAAGGCAGUAAGUUUGAGUAAGGGUAGGCCUACGCUAAGAAAGACCAACCAAGGCAAAACUUCAAACAGGAUAUUUAGGCAUUAGGCCUAACUAUUAACACUAACAUAUAUUAAAAUAAAUUUAGGGUAUACUCUGUUAAAAUUUAAUGACAGAAAUAGUGGCUACAUCAAAAUGUCGUCCUCAAGGGGGGGUGGGGGAGGAUUACAAAAAAAUCAGUCAAAAUAUUUUGAUUCGUGGAUGUGCCAGAAGUAAAAAUGAUGGGACACAACUUCUGAGAAAUUCAGCAGUCUCAAUGUUAACAUCAGCAGUGCCCACCUUUUUCUUUUCUCCAUUUAUUCUUUGAGUAAAUACCUCCCAACUGCAAAUAUGUAAAUAAAGCUUUUAAUAAUGGAACGGGUGUGAAAUAAAAAAAAACUUUUUGUGGCAUAUUCGGCCAUUAUCAAUAUAAUUUUUUUGUACGCCAAGUAUUCCAAAGGUUGGGAACCACUGGUAUGCACAAAACAAACAAAAUUUUUACCAGGUACUGACAGACAGGUCUGCUGAUAAGUGAUGCACAGAAUCAGUGUAAUUUAUUAAGUUACAGGUCAUGGUUAUUUGAUAAAUGGUAAGCCUUAAUGAUUUCAAACUUGACAUGACAUUUAAAUUCAUCUUGACCUCAACACCCCUUUUUUUACAGUUCCAUUUUUCAAGUCCUCUGGAUCUGUGGCGAAAGAAGAACUCACACACGAAUUUAAAGCACAAAUGAAAUCAUUGAAAUCCAACAGGUGGUUUAAAUUUUAAUAGCAGAUCAUAAUAUAAUGACUUGAUACACAUAGUCUCUAGUAACUAUAGAAUAUAACAUAUUUCUUGUUACACUAAUUAUAGAAUAUAACAUAUUUCUUGUUACACUUCCUAUUUCGUUACAAUGAACUUAUUUACUGUCCCCAGGCCACAAGACAAACAUGAUGAUAAUGAAGGUAACCUGUUAGACACAACGCCUGAGUUUCGAGCUCACGUGGCCAAGCUGCUGUCACAAAUGUUGGAUAAGUGAGUCCCAUCGGAAGAGGCCUCCCUAUUUAGAGGCUUAUUUCUAGAUUAAAGGAGACCUGCAAGUUAGCUUAUCAUAUUAAAUUUUUAAUUUCAUCAAAUGCAAUUAAAGAUUAGAUGAUAAAGCAUCUUAUUAAUUGUAUGGGAUAAUAUUAAUAUUGUGGAGGCUGCAUUCACAAAUUCAAGCAAUUAAAUGCAGAUUAACCUAUUCAUAAAUAUUGGGUUUCUUCUUACUUUAAAAAAUCAAUUUUUAUAAACCCUAUAAGUUGUAUUAUCAAUAACAAUGUAUACAUUAAUUUUAUUAUUACCGGUAUAUAUGUUAUAUAUCUUCCCAACUGCUAUUUUUACUGUUUCAACCCUCAUCCUCACAGCCCUCCACCAUUAAUGUGUACAUUUAAUAAAUAAAAAUGGGACCCAAAAGGAAAGACAGGAAACUAUUUAGUUUUAGCAAUAAACAAACAUAAGUUGCAACAUUUUCAAAAAUAAGGUCAACUAAGAAAAAAACUGAAACAAAAAAACAAUUUAAUUAUCAAAUUUUAAUUUUUUCUCUACUUAGUGAUGUACAUUAGAAUAUGUUUCUCUACUUAGUGAUGUACACCAUUUGAACCAGAACAUAUUUAUUUUACAUACUUUGCAUAUUAAAAUACUUUUGAGCCCUACACAAUUACUUGGUGGAAAUAUCAAAAUUUCAAUGUUAUUAUUAUUAUGAUCUUAGCCUGAAGAUAAAUGGAAUGUGGAAUAAAGAGCAUAUUAAGACAGACAAGAUCACCAAUAUUAUUAUAUUACUGAAAAAAUUGUAUCAUUGUUCCAGUUGUUCAAAGAAAAGGCUGCUUUUAGAAAAGGAAGCAUCAAAAAGCAUAUUCACUAAGGCUCAUAAUGACAUUUUGUUCCUUUCCAGAAAACUUUCCAAAAAAUUAUCAGAACAAAUUUGGAGUUUGCCAAAGUGGCUAAAUAAGUCUACUGAUUCAGGUACUGGUAAUGAUGUUUCUUUUAUCAAAUGUGGUUUUCAACUUUCCUGUUACACAUGUAGUGGAGCUAUGUCUUUAUGCCUCCUUUGACUGCUAGGGCAAAUACGUAGAAAUAUUUUUAUUGUUCUGUGUCAAUUUCCUCUGAUUUUUUACCAAAACAUAGAGAGAAGGGAAGGGGGGGGGGAGAGAGAAAGGCACUUAUCACUUAGCUUUGAUGCAAUUUAGGGCAUGUUUGUUGUUUUUAUCCAAACUUAAUAUAAUUGUAAUAUGGCAUGUGUUCUGGUAACUAUACUAUGCAUACAUUUGCACGCAAAAAAAAUGCUUUACUUCCCUUCUCUGCUGAAUAUUAUGGCAGAUCUUGUGUCCCAAAUCCUCAGUAAAAGAGAGGCAUUCUUUUAUUUUAAGAAUUUUUUCCCACCAAACAAAUUUUUCUGUGAAUCUUUACUGGAGUAGACAUGUGAGUGAAAGAAAAUCAAAGAAAUAAUAACUUACUAGCACAAGCUGCAACUUAUCCUCCCUUAGUAUUGUAAUUAUAUUUGAUCAAUAAAAGAAACUAAGCAAUUUUGUUCUAUCGUAAUAAGUAUAUCUAUAAAAUAUCAAAAUUACAAGGUUUGAUAUUAUUUGACGGGAGAAGAGAAAAAUAAAAGAUGGGGGGGGGGGGUGUUAUUAUUUGUUUAUUUAGUAAAAUAACCAAGCAUUAGUUAAUUUCAUUAUUUGUGUUCCUACGUAAAAAAAUGUAACUGAGGCUAUAAAUUAUAAAGAACUGAUGUGCAUAAAUUCAAAUUUUAAAAAUGCAAAAUUGUUUUGUUUUCAGGUAUUAAACUGUUUUCAGAUUCCAAGACAUGGUGUACCAUUCAAGACAAACAAAGCUUCUUUGAUCAGGUCCCAGGUGUGGCCCGGAAGAAAAGAAAACUAAGAAUGAGCACAAGCUCAGAAAGGUAUCAGCCCCAUCCGAUGCAUUUUCAUUAAUAUGUUUUAUAGUAUUUACUCAAGUGUUGUGAUCUGGUUCUGGUAGGGUACGUUGCUGUAUCUGUGUACUGGCACAUGUGCAACGGUUGGUGAAGCGAUGCUGCUAUCCUAACGGCUCCUAGCAGAUGCUAGGGCAGCCUUGAAGCUCUCGAUUGACGUAUUGGCAGUAUUGUCCAGGGGGUUCCAAGCGAUUAUUGUGUGUGGGAAGAAUGAUUGUUCAUAUUGGACUAUGUUACACCGAGGCACAGUGAAGCAUUUACUAUUGUUCCAGAUGUAAUUUUUUUACAUUGAUAAAUUUUUAAUUAUUUUUAUGUAUUAUAAUAAUUUCAAAUUUUACAUGUUCCGAUAUUUAUACUAAUUUAAAUUUCUCAUUGCUCUCUUGUCCGAUUAUAGUUCAGAGGAUGAGAAAAUUGGGGCUUGUGUUUUCUCUCUUAAUGACAUUCAAAAAGAAAAUGACAUAUUAUCCAAGCUGGAGGCACAAGUUCCUUCAGCGAGAUCUGAAUGUGGACAAGAAACUAAAAUGGGACAGCACAAAAAUGACAUUACCUCUUUUAAAAGUCCUGAAAGCAUCGCUUCAACUGAUGAUAAAAUAAUUAUCAAGAAGAAGAAGAAAAAAAAGAAAACAAAAAUAAAUGAAAAUGCUACAUAAAAUAUUGUUUGUUAAAAUUAAACUUCUUAAUCAAUCCUUA